AGGAGGAGGAGGGUGACUCCCUGCAGACUGGUAUCCUGAGCUCCCAGCUUAGCACUAGAGAACUGCACACGGCUCAGCAUAUCAGCCACACCGCACAGAGAUUUUGAUAUCGUCCCAGGUCCAGGAUGAGCAUUAUAACCCCCAGUGAUGAUGAUAAGACCCGGCAGUUCUACCAGCAGCUCCGUCAGCGUGAAGAUCACUUCCUGAGGAUGACGUAUGAAUAUUUCCAGGAUGAUCUGCUCCACAUUGUGGAGAACAUGAGUCCUCCAUCACUUCUGAGUGAGCUACAUUUCCGAAAUCUCCCUGAUACUGAGAAAUACCACAGUCUAGAAGAUGAUAGAAGAAGAUUGGCGCAGACUUUACUACAGGAUAUACGUAACCUAGGAAGAAAAGCUGUGAUAGGACUGUGGAUCAGUCUGUAUGUAUUAUGGGAGGAUUAUGGUUCCCCCGGCCUGGACGCUGUACUGGAGGAACUCCAUCAUAGAGGUGACACUCUGGUGGAGCAAAUCCUGCUGGAUGAACAUGGACACCAACUGUCCCCAGAACUCAAAGAAUUCCAGAUCAAUCACAAGAAACAUUUACGUGAAAGAACUGAGAAACUUCUAGAGAACAAACCUCCAAGAUGUGACCAGCGAGAGGAGAGUUUUCCAUUCCUUACACGUUAUGUCAACCUCAUCAUUGUCUCCACUGUUCACUUCAGAGAACGCUCUGAGAAUGAACUCAUAGAGACCGGGGUAAAACAUGAGGAAUACUUAAAGACAAAACACAAUGAAUUACAACACAUUUCCCCCAACAAGCUGUUCCGCUGGUGCCACCGAUCCAAACAAGUGCCACGUAUGGUAAUGGUAAGCGGAGUGCCUGGUGUAGGGAAGACCACACUGAUGCAGAAGGUUGUCUAUGACUGGGUGAAGGGGGAUCUCUAUCAAAGAUUCUCCUUUGUCUUUUUCUUUAAAUUCCGCGAACUCAACAGACUGGACAAAGUUAGUCUGGACUCUCUAAUCCUUCAUCAGUACCCAUAUCUGGAGGAGCAGCUUAGUAACAUCUUACAAGAACCAGAAAAAGUUAUCUUUAUAUUUGAUGGUUUAGAUGAAAGUCUUCAUAACAUGGAUUUCUCAUCAAGUCACUUGUGCUCUAAUCCUACACAGCUCGAACCUUGUGGUCAGAUUGUGGUUAGUUUGGUGAGAAAGUCUCUUCUUGAUGGUUGUUCUGUCCUAAUGACCAGUCGCCCAACCAGACUGGCAUCAAUUGAUUGUAGCGUUUUCCAGAGAAUAGUAGAAAUCACUGGGUUUUUACCGGAAGAACGAUGGAUGUACUUUGACAAUUUCUUCCCCGACCCUGAACUGGCAGAAAAGGCCUUUAAUUAUGUGAAGCAGAAUGACACCCUGUACACGUUCUGUUACCUCCCGUCCUACUGCUGGAUCAUCUGUACAGUAUUAUCCAAGAGCUUCCAGCCAACAAGUAGUGAUCAGCCGGUGUCAUUAUUACCCAAAACCGUCACCCAGCUCUUUGCGAUAUUUGCCGCCAACAUCCUGUUCAAUCACAGCCUGGACAAAAGUGACGCUCAGAAGAUCCUGCAGUCCGUCGGAUGGAUGGCAGAACAUGGAGUCAUGAAUCACAGGAUUAUCUUUGAGGUACAAGAUCUGGACUGUUUCCAUGUGGACAAAAAGUCAAAGCUCUUAUCAAGUUUUCUGAUGGAAUCGGAGGAACCUGUGUCCUAUUCCUUCUUACAUCUCACUGUUCAGGAAUUCUUCUCUGCCUUGGUGCAUUAUGUGGAUUAUUCUCCUGAGAAGUUACAGAAAUCACUAAAAGAUGCCAAAUCCUAUCCUGAUGGACGAGGUGAGAUGUUCCUCCGUUUCCUGUGUGGCCUAUCAGACGGCUCUACCAGGUCAAUGCUAACUGGAUACCUGGACAGACAAGCAGCUCAGACAUCUAUAGAUGUCAUCACUUGGCUAAAGAACUUCAUUCUAGAAGAAAAGAGCCCCAAGAAGCAACAUUUUCUAAGUACAUUUUUCUAUCUGUAUGAAUCCCGGAAUAAGGCUCUGGUGCUGGAAUCACUACAAUCACACAGAAGUCUUGACUUUUCUGGUGUUCGUAUGUCUGCUCUAGACUGCACAGUGUUGGCAUUUAUUCUGGACACCUGCACACAUAUAGAAGAACUGAAUCUAUAUGGAUGUCCCUUAGACAAUGAAGGAUUAGAAAGACUUGCUCCAGCGUUACAUAACCUGCAGAAUCUGAGAUUGGGUGAUAAUGAUCUACCAGGCACUUCCUGCAUCCAGUUGGCAUCUGUAAUAAGGGAUAACCAGUCCCUGAAGAUACUUGACCUGUCUGGUAACCGUCUGUAUGGUUCUCACUUCAGUGACUUGAUGGAGGCUCUGUCCAGUCCGGCCUGCAGGAUAGAGGAAUUACAUUUGGCUCAUAAUGAUCUACCAGACACUUCCUGCAUCCAGUUGGCAUCUGUAAUAAGGAAUAACCCGUCCCUGAAGAUACUUGACCUGUAUAGUAACAGUCUGUCUGGUUCUCACUUCAGUGACUUGACGGAGGCUCUGUCCAGUCCGGCCUGCAAGAUAGAGGAAUUACAAUUGGAUGAUAAUGAUCUACCAGACACUUCCUGCAUCCAGUUGGCAUCUGUAAUAAGGAAUAACCCGUCCCUGAAGAGACUUUACCUGUCUGGUAACCGUCUGUCUGGUCCUCACUUCAGUGACUUGAUGGAGGCUCUGUCCAGUCCGGCCUGCAGGAUAGAGGAAUUACAAUUGGGUGAUAAUCGUCUACCAGACACUUCCUGCAUCCAGUUGGCAUCUGGAAUAAGGAAUAACCCGUCCCUGAAGAAACUUGUCCUGUCUGAUAACAGUCUGUCUGGUCCUCACUUCAGUGACUUGAUGGAGGCUCUGUCCAGUCCGGCCGGCAGGAUAGAGACAUUAGAUCUGAAGGGCAAUAAAUUAUCUGAAGAGGAGAAGAAAGCCAUAAGAAAACUGAAAGAGCAGAAACCAAAUAUGGAGAUAUCUUCCUGAACAGAGAAGAAGCCGGAUUCCUCUCAGUGAUGAGCAGAUAACAGGACUUUGGUGGAGGAGACGUCUUCAGAGGUUUAGUAUUAGGAGCGUCUCCUGGUGCUUUAUGGGUAAUAUCACUGAUCUACAGAGGAUAAGGAAAUGUCUAAUAUUAUAAUAAAGAUGAUACCAGAAAUGUUCUUCUCCAGCUAAUUAUAUGUCCAGUAACUAAAUCCCUUCAUAAUGAGCCCAAAUCCAGGCCUAUGGGAUGUAGCAGCGUCUCCUGAAGGUCAUGUAGGUUGUCAGCAGUAUAAUACUGGUUGUCACUCCGGAGGAGGCCGCACAUUGCACACAGUGUAACUAACAAAUCACACAAACUGUUAUUUCAGUUUCUAUUUUAUCUUUUACUUGAUGCGACUCGCGGACAUACCAGUGUUCACAUGAUCUGUCUCCCGAUCACCAGGACCAAUAGAAGUGACAUGGCGGUGUGCGGUAUUUUACUGUACAUACACAGUGCGAGUGCUGUGUAAAAUGACAAAAAGAAGACAAAGGGUAUAAAAUGGUCCUUAAUGGACUCCCCUUGAGAGGAUGCCCAGCUGCCAGCCUACACAUGAACUACAGUAUGGAAAGAAACACGAUACGGGGAAUCUCCCCCUUACCAGCUCAAUCAGAGAACCACAAUAUCCACAAGGCUGUCGGCUGUCACGGUGAGUAGAGACUCUUGAAUCUAAGUGAGGAAAAAAAACAGCACUGCCGUAUUCCAAACUGGUCACUUUAUUGAAAGUAAAAACACUGAAUCAAUAAAAAACAUAACCUUCUUGAUGCGUUUCGGGCACCCAGGCCCUUUGUCAAAAGAAUGGCUUGGUCAUGAAAAACUGGAGUUAAAAUACAUGUUAGAAAAUAGAUUUACCUCUC